AUGUCAAACUUUGUUGAUCUACCAUCCGAGUUGCAAAUUGAAAUAUUUUCCAAUCUCUCUGUUAAACAUUUAAAAAACAUUCUUUCUAUUAACAAAUCAACUCAUGAGCAAUUGGUUCAAUCAGAAACUUUUUGGAGAACCUUGAUCAAGAAUUAUUCGAAAUUGUUAGGAAGUGAUUCUAGAGUUGAAAAAUCAGUACAAGAAUUAUUAGAAAUUGCAGAAAUCAAGAAAAAAUUCAUUGAAUUGAUAGAAAUGAAAAAGAGAAACACUGAAGAAUUCCAAAUGACAUCUCUGAAAUUAAAAUACAUGUUGAGAGAAUUAGAAAUGGAUCAGAGAGAAAUGCAAGCACGAAAUGAAAGUGUUUUGCUAUUAGGAGGAACCAUCAGCGAUCAGCUCAAUAUUGGAAUGGAAAGAAUGAAACAAGAAUGUGAAAAUGUGAAAAAGGAAAAGGAAGAAAUUGAAGAAAAGUUAAGGAAAUUGAUUAUUGAUUAA